UCAGAGGUAGAAUAAAGAUCGUUUAGCUGUGCAUUGGCGGUAGUUUUAAGUCUGGUCUAAGGCAUACAUACGUGGUUAGUAGGUAGAGACAAUGACUGCUGUGGCGUGCGGUCUCGCUCUAGAAUAGGACUCCCGUGAAUCUCGUACGAGGCGACUAAGGGACACAUAGACUUAACAGCUGAAAGGCCCAAAGAGGAUUGAUAUUAGGAAGGCGGCGGUAGUAAAAUCAUAGACCAAUCUUCAAAAUUUCAUGGUUGAGUUUUUGCACAAACUUUGGACUUCGGGGCAUCACAUCCCAGAAUGCCCGGAAACAUGCGGAGGAUGAAACAAAAGAGCUAGCAGCCUGGUAGUAAUCAAUACGGGCCAUUUAGAAGUGUAAGUAUGACUCGUUCAAGGUGCACGGUGCGUCGCUGAGUCUGCGCAACAGCCUCUUGAGAUAUAAAAAGCUCUGCGUUGCCCAGUAGCGACACAUUACGUCUCAGUAAACACGACAACAUGGCAGCUAAAAUCGCAACCUUCUUCUGCCUGUUUGCGGCCGCAGCCGCAGUGGCCGUGCCAGCGGUCCCUGUCGCCAAAGUGGUGUACGCGGAGCCCGAAGCCCCUGCCCAGUACGAGUACGAGUACUCAGUCCAGGACCAACACAGUGGCGACGUGAAAUCCCAGAAGGAAAAUCGUAACGGUGACUCUGUACAAGGAUACUACUCUCUCGUCCAGCCUGACGGCGUCCAACGUAUCGUGGAAUAUACUUCUGACAAGGAGCACGGUUUCAAUGCUGUCGUCCGCUACGAAGGUCAACCUCACCCCGCGCCCGUAGCCGCCAAGGUCGCAUACGCGCCAGCUCCCGUUCAAUACGCCGCUCCCAUAGCUAAAGUAGCCUACGCGCCAGCUCCAGUUCAAUACGCAGCUCCUGUAGCCAAAGUAGCCUACGCGUCAGCUCCAGUACAAUACGCAGCUCCUGUAGCCAAAGUAGCCUACGCGCCAGCUCCAGUCCAAUACGCAGCUCCUGUAGCCAAAGUAGCUUACGCGCCAGCUCCAGUACAAUACGCCGCUCCCGUAGCCAAAGUAGCCUACGCGCCAGCUCCAGUCCAAUACGCCGCUCCCGUAGCCAAAGUAGCCUACGCGCCAGCUCCAGUCCAAUACGCCGCUCCCGUAGCCAAAGUAGCCUACGCCCCAGCUCCAGUCCAAUACGCAGCUCCCGUAGCCAAAGUAGCCUACGCUCAAGCUCCCGUGCAAUACGCCGCCGCUCCCGCCUACACUCACAACCUCGGAAGCGUCUCUUUCUCAUCUCCAGCCGUCUCUUACCACCACUAGAUAUUAGUGCCAUGUUGUAGUUAAUUUAAUGCCAUAAUUAUUUAUUGUGAUAAAUAAAACGCUUAAGUCAAUUUAUUAA